AGUUCUGACGAUGCAGUUUUUAGUCUACGUGGAAUUAACAACGCUAGCUCUUUGAUGUCAUCAAGAUGACGUCAUCAUGGCACGCAACGUAAAUAUAAAACACUAGCAUCCGGUCAUSUUAGCCCAGGCAGUCAAAGAUUAUCGAGUUUUAAAAAUACACCAUGGAUGUAGUGUUAACAGCUAUUGCUGUAUUCAUUGUCCUAGCUCUAAUAUACUGGUUUGGAGUUAAAGAUUAUGCAGUGUUGUCCGAUGUACCCAUUAAUGGCCCAAAACCAUGGCCGUACCUUGGAAACCUUCCUGAUGUCAUCCGAGAUGGCGGCAUGCACAAGACGUUGUGGAAGUACUUCAAGCGCUUUGGCCGAGUCCACAAGUUYUACGUUGGACGAAGACCUGGUUUAGUUGUCACUGAUCCCGAAAUGAUCAAGAUAAUCACUGUGAAAGAGUUUGAUAAGUUUCGCAAUCGACCUGAGUUCCUCAAACUCAAUCCUCCGUUGUCUUUUGCUGUUGGAUUUGCACARAAUGACWCCUGGAAGCGRAUUCGCACUAUUAUAACACCAACAUUUAGUGGAGCAAAGCUUAAGCAGGUCCUUCCUAUAAUACAAGCUUGUACGGACGAACUGGAGAAGAAAAUGGAGCGGUUUUCKCGAUCUGGGGAGACUGUGAAUAUCACUCGCAUGUUUUCUCUCUACGCCCUUGAUGUCAUCAUGAAAUCAGCCUUUGGAUACGACAUCGAUGUACAAAACCAACCAAACGAUGAUUUUCUCACAGCUGUCCGAGCAGCUCUGAAUGUCCCUCUGUGGAAACGAGCUUUUACAAUGUUUCCUUUUUCUAACUAUAUCAGUAAAGUUUUCAACAUUCAAAUUCUAUCAGGCACCGAAUACUUCAUCGCGAUUGCUCGAAAAAUGAUUUCUAGCAGGCAGCAAGARGGAUCUGUAGCUAGACGUGACUUUCUUCAGUUAAUGCUGGAAGCACACGAAGAACAAGUGGAUGGUAAACCAAAAUUAAGCGAUGAGGAACUAGCAGCACAAUGCCUGGUUUUUCUCCUUGCUGGAUAUGAAACCUCUGCGACAACUUUGACAAGUACUGCAUACUUUUUAGCAACUUAUCCUGAAAUCCAAGAAGGACUUCUUCAAGAKCUUGACAAAGCCAGAGAAAACAGCAACCAUUCAUCUGUGUAUGAUCUGGCACACCACAUCGAAUACCUGGAUAAAGUUAUCUGCGAAGUGCUUCGCCUAUGCACCCCUGGGUUCAAUCUCAUCAGGACCUGCAACGAAGACGUAGUCAUCAAAGGAGUACGUUUUCGCAAGGGCGUUGACGUCAAUAUUCCAAAUUAUUGCCUACAUCGUGAUCCCGAGGCCUGGGAACGACCUGAUGACUUCUACCCAGAGCACUUUUCGGCUGAAGCGAAGGGAAAGCGCAGUCCAUAUUCGUACAUGCCAUUUGGAAAUGGUCCUCGGCAAUGCAUCGGCAUGAGAUUUGCCCUUACCGAGGUGAAAAGCACUCUUUUAAUGGUGUUGAAGAAGUACAAGUUUGAAAGGUGCCCUCAAACCGCUGACCUCGAACACAGGUCCUCGGUGUUGAUGUUGCCAAAGAAUGACGUCGUUCUCAAAAUAACAAGACGUUGAUUGUUGUUGAUUAAACGAAAAGUGCGCAAGAGGUCAAGCCUUUGACAACCCUCCUUUUUAUUCAGGAGAGUAACGUAGAAACUGCUGUAUUUUAAAAUCAUUUAAAAUAAGCGGAGUUGCAUSGUGUACUUAUAUUGCAAUAUUUUAUAACAAAAUGGCGGACGUGUGCAUUUGUAUUAAAUACUUAGCUAACUCUGUCAAUUAAGGGACUGCAAUAAUUACCAGGAGGGGGGGUCG